AUGGUUGCAACUCCAAAGAAAAACAGUGUUGAUAGUACACAAGACAACCCAGAGGUCCUUGAACCAUUUGAUACUCUGCCACCAAGUGCUAUUGAAGAUGAAUGUCAUGUAUCAAACAGUGCAGCCGAUGGUAGUGGGGAUGAAGAGCCACCACAUCCUAGUAGAGAUGAAAGACUUGAAAAGCACAGGAUGCAAUGCCAGAACUUGAUCACAUAUCUAACCACGAAUGUGUGCCCGUCUGGAUUGACAAAAAAAGAAGUGAGGAAUAUAAAAAACCAAGCCAAAACUCACCAAUGGGACUAUUAAAAGUAAGAUAUUUAAUAUUAUACCAGUACAGUUAAUUUAUUUGGCUACACUGUGUAGCUAAAGAUAGUUGAGCACACUCUGUCGAACGUAAAAUUAUAUGGGAACCACAUUGUUUUCCUAGAACUGGAAAUACUGCAGAUUUCAAUUGAUUGAACAACAUUCGCCAAUGUUGUUAAGUGCAAAUUUUAACAGUAACAAGCAAAGUUCGAGUACCUAGUAUAGCAUGUUUACUGUCUGCAGUAUAGGAAGGAGUUUUGUUAACAGGAAAAUUUUGUCAAAGGAAUUAAGACCCGUUAAUAUUGAUAAAACAAUAGUAAAUGACCCAAUAUGUACAUACUUCUGAGGCCAUUCCAAGGGGUAGAGCCAAGGGGUAGAGCGAAGGGGGUUAACAUCCAGCUUCGUCUGCAGGGUUUUAUUCUUGAAUGACCCAGUCCCAUAUACUAAACUAUUUUUUGUUGUGUUUAAGGAAAAGAACUUAUCUAUGUUGGGGCAAAGAAAAAUUUGAGAAAAAAAGUUGUGAUGGAUGUCGAGGAGAUUUCAGAGAUUCUACAUCAGUACCAUUCCAAUCCAAUGGGUGGGCACAGUGGAAUAAAUAACAAUCUGGCAAAAGUAUCCCAGUACUAUAUUUGGAAUGGUAUUAAGGAGGAUGUAGUUGAAUAUGUAAGUAACAUAAAAGGAAAAUUGGUUAACCCUUUAAGUGGCAAUGCGCCCAGAUGCACCCUACUUUAUUGUUUUACUCUGUCUAACGCCAGGCUUAUUUUGAUAAACAUUAGGGAAAAUGAAAACAAGUGUAAAUUGCCUUUAUUAGUGACGAAACACUUUAGAUAAGAGGUUCUUAUGUUGCAUAAUUUUUAAACUAUGAAUUACUGGUCCAAAAGUAUCCCACAAAAGGCCACAAUGCAAUGUUCUUACCCGAAGCCCUGUGUAGCAUUUCCAAGGUCAAUUUAAAAUGUUUCAUGCAUUUUUUUACCAUUAUGCAAUUUGUUACUUCUUAGUGUAAAACUUGUGAUCGCUGCCAACGUUAUGAGAAACUGAAAACCCAAGCUCCAGAGCUUAAAUCAAUUGAAGUAAACAAGGCAUUAGAAUUGGUUGGAAUGGAUCUUAUUGGUAUGCUUCUAAAGAUGCUUAAAUUCAACUUCAUACCUUAAAUCAUGUGACUGAAUUUGUGACAAAUCUGUUUUUGAAAUAUUAGUUUUUCGUGAAUCUGUAACUCAAAUGCGAAAUAGAAUACUUACGUAUAAGAAUACUCAAGUAUUUCUGAAUGUUGAUCUUAAUUAAUAUAAUUAUAUCUAUUUUUAUUAAAGAUUGUCAAAUUAUUUUUAUUAUAUUUUCAAGGGCCUCUUCCUACUACUGAUGCUGGGUACAAGUAUGUCAUUACGUUCACUGAUUACUACACCAAAUUUGUGGACUUCUAUCCUUUAAAAGAAAAAGCAGCUGCUGGGAUAGCACGCUGCAUCAAAACAUUUGUUUGCAGGUACCGUAAAUAAAGUUUGUACAGUGCUUGAAAUGUAGGCUAGUAGCUCUCUAUAGGCAAAGCUUACCAUUACAAUGAUUAGGUACGGUAUGCUUGAAGUGGAAUACAGCCUUUAUUAAGGCAUCUAGUACAAUUGAUGUAAUAACAUAUGAUAAUGCUAAAAUGUUUUGUUUGAUUAUUCUUGUAGAUGGGGUGCUCUAUGCAGACUCCUGUCAGAUCAAGGACGUGAAUUUGUGGCUAAA